ACUUGUCCGGGACCUGUGGCCAAUGCACAUGUGAUUGUGCCAUGGUCAUGUUUAUCCGGGCCGAGGGCUGGUGCCUGUGUGCCUGUGUGGAUCUGGCGGAGAAGCGCUUUCUUCGCCACGGUCUAGACCUGCGCGCCUUGGCUUUGAGCGGCGCCAUCCAGGGCUACCACGACGAAGGAAGAGGAGAGGAGAUGAAAGAGCAAAGGAAACAAAGAGGUGGCUGACAUGAGUGGGCCAAUCACCGGAAG